CAAAGCGCCAUGGCUGAGUUCGAGCUCUUCUCCGACUCCACGAGUUAUCUUCAGCCAGUCCUCUAUCUUCUCGAAUUCCCGCUGUUUCGCCCACGCCUAGAAAGCCGAUAUCUCAGCGUCCCGAUAUGUGUUAAACUUCCUAUGUCUCUAAAUUCUUCUAAUCCACAGUAAAUCAACUUUUAAAUCAAUGGAAAUUGGAGACCAUCUUGAAGCUUCAGAAAUUGAUAAUCUUGACAUUGAAACUGAGAUUCAAUGUUUGCGAGAGAGAAUCAAUAAGGAGGAUGCUAAUGAAAUAGUUGAGAAAUUGAAAUCAGCUAUAGAGUCAUUGAGGGCCCUGGAGAAGCAAGAAUCUGACUUGCAGUCUAAUUGUAAUGCAAAACGUUGUGAAUUGGAAGCUGAAGUUAUUGAAUUGGAGACAAAAUUGGCAGCAGGCUAUGACAGUAAUAGUCUCUCUGAUGAUUUAAAUGAAUCAAUUGAGAAACUGAAUUUAGUUAAGAGGGAGCUUGCUGCUAGACUAAGGGAUAUUCUAUGUGUAAAGAGGAAACUUGGUGAUGUACCAUCACAUUCAGAACUCAUCCAGUAUGAACGGCGAUUUUCGGAACUAUAUACUCAUAUCCAGGAAAAACAUCAAAAAACCCAGAAAUACUAUGCUACCUAUAAUGCUCUUCUGGAAAUUAAAGAGUUGAUGCUGAAGGAAACUUCUUUGUUGAACUCUAUAAGUUCACAGUUUCAAGAUGCCAUUACUAGCACUGCUGGUCGCAUGAAACUAAUUGAUUCGAUGGAGAAAAUUGUAAAGGGCAGCCAACAGAAGCUAGAGAAGGUGCAACUAGGAUUAAGAGAAGAGCAGAAGGCUUGUGAUGCUCUCAAGGAGAGGCAUGCUGCAGCAGUUGCAGAGCAAAGACGUUGCCAUUCUCUCUUAAAAGCUUUUCAGGAGGAAUGUGCAAAGAAUGAGAGGCUUCGAACCCUAAGGUCUGUUUAGAAACCAUGCUGUCUCAUGUGAAGGUGAGAUGUUUGAGCGUCAGUCUUGCAAUAAUCGUAGAUAGCAUGCUGUUAAAUUAGGGAGUCUGGUUGGCAUUAAAAGUUGAUGUGAUUAAAAACAUUCUUUUCUUAAUCUAUAUUUUUGUAAUCUUUCCCUGUCUAGCUAAUUUUACCUUUGUCUUCAUUUGUAUAUUUGCUAUUAACAAAAUUGUCAUGUGAUUACUGCUUACUCAAAGAUAAAGCAAAUCUUGAUUUAUUCAUAUAACCUGUCUUCCACAAUGGACUGUCUUAUUCCUUGGAGGAUCUCCUGUCAUGUUUGAGGAAACAGCUGAUCUUCAACUUAAAGUCAAGUGAUUCUGCACAAAUCGUUUGAGAUCUCAAUGAAAAGUCAUUUAAUUUGUUUGGAUAUAUGUAAACGACACUUUCUCGACACCCCUUUUGUAAUAGAGUAAAAUGCAGACAACGGUAUGUUUCCAAGCUUCCCAUAUAUGCAUUGAACAUGAAAUGAAAAGUAUGCAACUCGUCCAGGUACAUGAUUUUGAUGCCCAUGGAACUGUUUAAACAGAUGAGGGAAUAAACACAGGGACAGGUGAGCAUAUUUUGGCUCAAGUU